AUGCCACCAUCCGAUCCUAACCAACAAGCUGAGUUACAGAAGUUAAUCAAGAAAAGGAAUCAAGUCAAAAAGUCAAUGAAUUCAAUCAAGAAGUUCAUCGAUAAAUACGACCCUUCCACUAGAUCACUUAAUCAAUUACAAACAAGAUUAGAUAGUUUAACGCAGUACAUGUCCAAAUAUGAGGAGCUGCAGGAUGAAAUUGAGGACUCUGACUCAGUUACCGAUGAAAUGCUAGACGAUCGUAUCAGUACUGAUGACUUUUUCUGUUCACUUAAGGCUGAGGUUUUGGACCUAGUUGAACGCAACAAUAAGUCAACAUCUGAUGUAUCUACUGCACAGUCACAUUCCAUCACUCGUGACUCCAUGAAAUUGCCAUCUAUUCCAGCUCCCACAUUCAAUGGUGAAUUGCAAAACUGGGUAUCGUUCCUUGAUUCAUUUAACGCUAUGUUUCAUCAAAAUACUGGACUGUCAGAUACACCACAAGUCCAAAGACCUACUGCCAGCGAACUACGUCAAUUACACCACCAUGUUGUAUCCCAAGUUAAUGCCUUACAGGCACUUGGUCAAAACACACAUGAGUGGGAUGCAUGGUUGGUGACCUUGUUGUGUUGCAGGUUAGAUCCUACUACUGUGGGUGAAUGGCAGCUACUGCAAACAUCAAAGGAUCUUCCGAAAUUCCGCGAUUUGGAAAAAUUCCUGGCAAACCGGGUUUCUGCUUAUGAAGUCGGUGAAGUUAGUAACCAGUCCACCCAACUUAAACCACUUAGUGGUGAACGAUCAAUGCUAAAAAAGGUUUUAUUUGCUCAUCAAGAUGUUAGCAGUCCAUCCAAAGAAAGAAAAUGUAUAGUUCGUCAAUGUCGUAGUUUCAGUUGCACUAAAUGUGGUAGACGUCACAACACCAAGUUACAUAAUGAUGCAAUGUUCAGGCCCCCUACAUUAGCCAAUGAACAGUCAUCGUCAACCCAAGAUCAACCUGUUGUAACCUACGUUGAGCAAGCUAACAAUAAGCCUGCUGCGCUGAAGCAGAUAAUGUUGGCUACUGCAGUGGUCAACUUAACAAAAUUCAACUGGCCAACAGAUUCCAUGUCGUGCCAUAUUGGAUUCCGGGUCUCAGCUGGUAUUGGAUCUGUAACUGCGACUGGCACUACGAUAAGCACCACCAUGCGUUCACGACUUAGAGAUUAUGAAGCAUACAUCAACUUUCAUGUAAUCGAUUCGAUAACAAACAAGUUACCAAUCCACCGUGUAAACAUCAAUCAAUUAAAUAUUCCAGACCCAAUAACACACUGUUUAGCCGAUCCUGGAUUUCAUGAACCAGGCAAGAUUGAUGUACUGCUUGGUGCAGAAUUAUUUUAUGAGCUAUUAAUUGGCGAAGGCAAGAAAACACAGGAGGACACUGUUCUACAUAAUACCUGUUUAGGAUGGGUGCUAACUGGUUCAAUGCCAAUUGCAAAUUCUCAUAUGUGCAUGUCAAGUCUAUUAGUACAGUGUCAAUCAAUAUCGUCUCUGGCGCUGACAGACCGUCCCACUUGUAGUGUCAAGAAUGUCCAGUCAAUAGCCGAAUCACAUUUUACCAGGACAGUAACCCAGGAUCAUUCUGGCCGAUUUGUGGUCCAAUUGCCAUUCAUACGUGAUCCUGAGGUAUUAGGUGAUUCAAAAUUUAUGGCGCAACAGCGUUUCUUCAACCUAGAGCGAAAGAUGAACCGAGAUCCUAUGCUAGCUAAAGAAUAUACAAAAUUCAUGGCUGAGUAUAUUAAAAUGGGUCAUAUGGAAGAGGCUGAAGACACUGACCUUCCUACUUAUUACCUGCCUCAUCAUACUGUGACCAAGAGUGACAGCCUAACCACAAAAACUCGUGUUGUGUUUGACAGCUCAGCAGUUACAAGAUCAGGCCUAAGUCUUAACGAUAUAUUGGUAUGUGGACCGAUGGUUCAACCUGAAUUGUUAUCCAUUGUACUACGAUUCCGUCUCUAUAGAUAUGCUUUGGUUGCGGACAUUGAGAAAAUGUAUCGCCAGGUCUGGGUUGCACAUUCAGACUGUGAUAUGCAGCGAAUAGUAUACCGGUCAAAUGCUGAUGAAAUAUUAAAGAGUUAUAGACUGCUCACUGUCACCUAUGGUACUAGAGCUGCAUCAUUCCUAGCCACACGGUGUUUACUUGAGGCAAGUUAUAUGGUCAAAGAUGCAAAUGCUCAGCUUGCGAUACAACAAGACUUCUACGUAGACGAUCUGUUGAGUGGCUGUCAGAGCGAAGAAGAAUGUUACAACUUGUACCAAGUGAUGUCCGCCAGUGCUAAGUCCUUGCUUAUCUAUUACUAA